AUGCCAUGGCGUGCGGUCGCCGAAGGCUUGGAGCUUCGUACUGCCGCGGGGGUCCGUCAGCGCUUCCUCAGCCUGGAACCACCCCGCACAGGCAGCUGGAGCGAAUGUGAAAUUCGCUGGCUUCGCUAUGCCAUCUUCGUCGCGGGCGGUCUGUACCGCAAGUGGAUCCUUGUCGCCCGCAUCGUCGGCACUCGCAAUUACAGACAGGCGACCAGCAAGUGGGCCGACAUGAAGGCGAAGGGGACUGCUGCUGUGCUGACGUCGAUGCCGGCCAAGCCGACCGAAGAGCAGACAAAGGCCAUCGAGGAACUGCUUUCGAAGACGAAUUCAGCAGUCGGCAUGCUGGCGUCGUCCGAUGUGUACGCGACGUACACAAGCUCGUCGCCGGACGAUGACAGCGAAGAGCCGGCCAGCGACCGUUCGGAGCCCGAGCUACCUCUUCUCAACUUGGACACUCUCUUCGACGGCACUGGCAGUAUCUCGAUGCACGACGCCAUGAGCCGAGAGCCGCACGCGCCCGAGGUCGAGUGUAGCGAGACUACGAUGCUUCUCUCCGCCGCCAUCCAAGAUUUGCUGGACAAUCGUGACUUAUGGCGCUGGAUGCAAGCUCAAGCGGCGUCGAUUCAAGUUUGA